AUGUCCGGAAUUGACGCCCAGAGCACAACCCUCGAAGGACAGGAAACACAUCCCGUUGUUCAAUCACCGGGAAAAGCCAUUCGAGUGCUAACCAACUACACGAACUCAGCAUGGCAAGCAGCACAUAGACUGGUGCCGGUAGAGGAGGCUGGCCUCCUCGAGAGCUUUGGCCUUCAUGUGGACACUAGCCUUCUCGACAUUGAAGCGAGGAUUCUGGCACUGCCAGGCCUUCAGUACAAGAACUUAAUUGUGCACCCUGACGGUAUCGGAGCUAACUGGAGUCUGGCAGACGUGCAGUUUCAAAAGCCGGUGGAACUGAAGAGUGAUUGGCAGUGCAUUGUUCUGGCAGCCGAAGGGGAAAAGAUUAGUACAAAAGUAGAGCGAAGAGUCCAGGGUCUGUGCAACCUCCUCAACAAAUGCGGCGUGGAAAACAGCAACCCGGAAAUUAGCCGCGCGCCGCUAACGGAACUCGAGGCACAACUAAUAAAGGCCAAAGAGGCAGGAAGGCGACUGGUGCUUGUGGUACUGCAGACGCAGUUUCCAGAAGAGUAUGCCCAGGUCAAGCAAAUCAGUGAUAUCCGCGUGGGUGUGAGCACAAUGUGCGUUUUUCGCGAAACUCUGAAGGGCAGGGAGGGAAAAAAGAAGAUCUCGGCGGCUCAGCUCGAUACAAAACUCCUCCACAUUGCCUCCCAGAUUAACAUCAAACUGCAGGGGUGCAACAUGACCCUGACCGAAGCUAGUUCUAGAGAUGGUGACAGCGGCAACAACAGCCGGAGCAGUAGCAGACAGAGUCUCGACAGCGCAUCCUCCAGCGUGUCUGAUCUUUCUGCAGUCCGGUCACUGCCAGCCCUCGACCUGGUGUCGACCAUGAUUGUUGGAAUUGACGUAACGCACCCAUCAGAGAUGUCGGUGGAAUCAGCGCCCAGCAUUGCGGCCGUUGUCGCCAGCAUGGACGCCGAUCUUUCCCAGUGGCCAGCAGAGCUUCGUGCACAGAAGGGGAACACGGAGAUGGUGGCCGAUCUUUGCGACAUGAUGGAAGCGCAGCUGCUCCGGUGGAGAACCAAGCACAGGGGUGGCCGACACCCGCUUCCCAAGACCGUGCUUAUCUAUCGCGAUGGCGUGUCUGAAAGCCAAUACGAAAAGGUUAAACAGCUCGAGGUGUCCCAGGUAAAAAAGGCCUUUGAGAAGGUGUACGGCGAGAGCGGGGACGAUCUGCCGGAGCUCGCCGUAGUGGUCGUGGUCAAGCGCCACCACACGCGCUUCUAUCCCGUCAUGAGCGCAGCUGGUCGCUCCGAUCGGGAUCCUAGAAAUGGAACCACUCUUCCUGGAACUGUUGUGAGCGACAACAUCACCUCUGGGACGUACACAGAGUUCUUUUUGCAGCCGAACCGGCCGAGGAGAGUCCUAGUCCGGCCGGCGCGCUACGUCGUUCUCAUCGACGACAUCUUUCCCCACCGUUGCAGCGUUCGUGAGCCGGUGAAGUGCAAAUCAAAGACCGGCGUAAAUCUCUCGUCCCCUCGCCGCACCCACAGUCGGCCGACGACGCCGCUCUCGGCGACUGACGCCCUCCAGGCCAUCACGCUAGCUCUCUGCUUCAUCAACGGCCGUGGGUCGUCGGCGGUCCACAUUGUGACGCCCGUACACUAUGCCGAUAUGGCCUGCGGCCACGCCCGCCACUACUUAAGAGCAGAGUACGUCACCCAGAACAAGCGGGAUGGCAAAAAGGGCAAACGGCCAGCGGCGGCAGACAGUAGGGAGGAAGCAGCAGAGCAACAAGAAAAAAUCACGGUGCAUGAAGAUAUAAAGACUACUAUGUUUUAUUUGUAA